UGCUUUAGCCUCUUGCCGAGCGUGCGUCGGGACUACUGAACGAGCGGCCACUGCAUUCACGAAUUCUGGACGAGGUUUAACCAGGCGAACCUGUGCUAAAUGUCUUAUAAUCAGCUUCAGCCGUCAAACCAAUCUCAGACCCAUGCUCUUCAACAGAACACUUACCCUUCGGGAUCAGGCAUGACUAGCCCGAUAACAGGCUACCCCGUUCCAUCACAGUCGUAUAACCCACGCUGGUUUCAGCGUUCGACUCCGCAACCCUCUGGAUUUCAAUACACUAACCAGCAGGUUCUGCCGCGUGCUCCUUUCUCUCAUCGAGCUGUGGAGCAUGUUCCGCAAUCACAACCUUUUCGCCAGACACCUACUUCAUCUGUUGUGCAGACCGGCUAUUACUCCGUGCCCAGUACGGGUACGCCGUCAUUGUCUGGUGUCGUCUCUCAGAUUCCGCGUCAUGCAGCAGGGGUUCCCCCACCUCCACCAUCCUCCUUUUAUUCCCCUGUCUCUUAUUCGUCUCCAAGACAGCAGAAUUUCCCCCAGCUUGCCACUCCUACAAGUCCUCCAAAUUGCCAUCGACGUCCUCUACCCACCCCAAAGCCUCGUCCAGAAUCUUUACCACCUCCCUCUCGUCACACACCACAGAUCCAAGCGCCAGCGCCUUCACGGCCUGCUAUUCUAACGCAUACCGCAUCCCUGGCAUCAAUCGACGCCCCAUCUACGUUGUCUUCGCCAUCUUCCACAACGUCGUCAAAUGGCAGUAGACGACCCUUGCCAACCCCUCAGAUACGCUCCGUUAAGCAUACUUCUUUAGAUUUGCGUUUCCGCCCAACGAGCCCGGUCAAGGCUUCAAUUCAGGAGAAAUUCCUACCUUCCUCGUCUGCUCUUCCUUCAGUGCCCGCGGGGCAUAAUGUACCGGUCUCCGGUGAACAAUCAGACCGCAAACCGUUACCGUCCCCAUCGGCGCAAGCAGCUACCCGUGGUAUCACAGGUAAUAGCAAAAUGGAAGGUCCCUCUUCCCCAACGAAAUUUGUGCCGCUUUGGAAGCGCGAACUUCAAACCUCGCCUUCUCUCGCGGGAAAUAUUCUGCCUGCUAUGGGAAGAAGGAGCACCGUUUCCGGCCAGCCGGUACCGAAGAUAGACAUAGUUCAGCGUGGUGAUUUACCUGAUACUAUGGACAAGGACGCUGAGUUGGUACAGACAUCACCUUCUCGCCCACCUCUGCCGCCGCCAAAGUCAAGUGCUUUCUCUGGUGGUGUGGGCCCAGCACGGAAUCACGUCACGCGUUCCACUCAUUCGCAUGCCCCUGCCUCAUCUAAAAGCGACCAAAAUGAAUGUUUCUCGCACCCGGACUUCGAUGAAGAGGAUCCCAUAGUAUUUGCAGACCUAGAAGAUGAUAGGGACACUCCCUCUCCCCAGUAUGGUAUUCGUGAUUUACCCCAACGCAGUCGAACAGUCAUUGCGAAUCGCGAGGAUAUUCCUGAUGACCGUCGUCGAGAAGGGGGAGAUAUCGUAGCGACCAAUGGCGUCACUUCGCAGCGCGCGCGUCCGAUGCGAUCUGCAACGCUGCCACACGCACCAUCCUCUGUUCCUUGGACCGGCUCGCAUACCCAGACUUUUGAUGACACCUCGAAGUUUACCAAUGACCGCGGUAGUACUGGCCAAUCGUUGACUUUUCGCCUCGCUUCAUUAGGUCUCGCGGAGGAGCAUGGUCCCACAGACCGAACGCGUCAGUUGCCGAACUCAAACCGGUACACCGGUACAUUUGCCCUUCAGCACGCUUCUGUGACACAUACUGAAACCCAUUUCCGUGAUGUAUCCAAAAAUACGGAUGCCACGAAUAGUGGACGUGUGGCUCUUUCCCGCUCAGCCGCUGUUGAAAAUCCUUCGCCCAGGCAAAGUACACCGAAGGAUGCGUACGUCCCCGGGUUCCGACCACUGAGCGAAAGACAACGAGGGAAGCAGCGGGAGCUUGUUGAUCUGGACGAUGCCCCUCCCCCGUCUCUCCGGAGAUCACCGUCACCUGCACGUUCUGCGCCAAAAGCUCUGCCAUCAGUCCAGAUUUCCGGCUCUCCUCCGCAGCGACAGUGGACACCAUCAAAGAAUUCUAGAGUGGAAUCACCCAACGGAGGUUGUGAUCACUUCCGUCCCACGGAUAUUCCAAGUAUAUCUACAUCUGACCACCAGAGUAACGGUGUUACGUCUCGUCCGGUCAUCGCCUCUUCUGAUGCACCAAGCAUAUCCGUAUCCUCCCCGGAUCCUCCCUCGAUCUCGGUUUCGCCCCCUGCAAUCCUUUUAACUGAUCCAACACUCGAGGCCACUAUCCCAACAAUCAGUGUCCAGCCAUCAGAUUCCCAGCCACCGAGACAGCAUGGAACCAGGCACACUAAAGUGCAGGAAACUGUACCCCCGAAACGCACUCUGCCCCCAGUUCCAAUACGUUCAGGUGGUUUAUUCUGUGGCGGCUGUAAAGGAUCUAUCGUAGGACGAAUCGUGAGCGCUAUGGGAAUACGAUGGCAUCCUGGAUGUUUCCGGUGCACGAUUUGCAAUGAGCUGCUGGAGCACGUCUCCUCGUUCGAACACGAAGGAAAACCCUAUUGUCACCUUGACUACCAUGAGACAUUUGCACCGCGAUGCUUCCAUUGCAAGACCGCUAUCGUCGACGAACGAUUUAUUACACUUGACGACCCUGCACUCGGAAAGCGAACUUACCACGAACAACAUUUCUUUUGCUCCGAGUGCGGCGAUCCUUUCCUCGCUCCUUCUGGGACAACGUCCCGCUCCGGAGAGCUGAAUGUCAGUGGAGAUGGUGACUUUGAAGACGACAACGUCUCCUUCACCGUAUACAAAGGAUACCCUUACUGCGAGGUGUGCCACGUAAGGCUUCGCAUGCCAAAGUGCAAGUCAUGUAAACGUAGCAUCAGGGAUGGUAUGCGUGCCGUUGAGGCUCUCGACGGGAAAUGGUGCUGGGAGUGCUUCGUUUGCGCAAGUUGCGAGAAGCCGUUCGAAGACCCUACAUUCUUCCUCCGGGAUAAUAAACCGUUCUGCGAACCGUGCUUCAGCUUGAUGCUUAGAAAUGAGGUGUGAUGAAGAUAAGUAUAUUUGGCGUAGUGUGUAGAACACAAAGCUUGGGGGCACUUAUCUAUUCUGGGUAUAGUCAUCUACCUUCGGUUAAACGUCAUCCUGUGGCCAUUUUAUCUAGACAUGACAUGUACAAUAUCUAUUAUACGUCCUCCGG